AUGAACAGACAGGGGCAGAGAUCCGCUGCGAUGGGGGUGCACCAUAACCGCCAGCACUCCGACAACUAUCUCGACGCUUCUUCCAAGUGGUUUAACUCUUCCUCCAAUCACAUUCCUCCUCUUCAGGACUACAAUUUGUACGGUGGUGGAGGCAGAAUGUACCGGAACAACGUGCAGAAGAGUUUGAAUGAGUAUUGUAUGGAUCCGUUGACGCCUCCUCGUAGUUUCGGCGUUAAGAAAAACGGCAACGGUAACGGUGAGGAGGAUGAUUCUCCUCUCGAUUUCAGUCCUGGCCUCUUGGAUCUUCAUUCGUUCGAUACAGAGCUUCUUCCUCAGAUUCCGUCCUCGACCGCGUAUGAUUCCGAGCCUUACAUAUUCGGCAAACAAACUGUAAGAGCUCGUGCUACUGAUAACAACGUCUCCAAUAGUCUAGCUGCAGCGGAGAAUGUGAAACCUAGCAAUGUGGCUAAGAUUAAAGUUGUGGUUCGCAAGAGACCGCUUAAUAAGAAGGAGAUAGCUAAGCACGAGGAGGAUAUUAUAGAUACAGUUUCGAAUUCUUUAACAGUGCACGAGACUAAACUUAAGGUUGACCUAACUCAGUAUGUUGAGAAGCAUGAAUUUGUUUUUGAUGCUGUUUUGGAUGAAGAGGUUACGAAUGAUGAGGUGUAUCGUGAAACGGUGGAGCCCAUAGUUCCAAUAAUAUUUCAACGCACAAAGGCAACUUGCUUUGCGUAUGGUCAAACAGGAAGUGGAAAAACUUACACAAUGAAGCCUCUGCCUCUUAAAGCAUCAAGGGACAUCUUGAGAUUGAUGCAUCAAACCUACAGGAAUCAGGGAUUUCAGUUGUUUGUGAGUUUCUUUGAAAUAUAUGGUGGGAAGCUUUUUGAUCUCCUUAAUGAUCGAAAAAAACUGUGCAUGAGGGAGGAUGGUAAGCAACAAGUCUGCAUUGUUGGUUUGCAAGAGUACCGAGUAUCGGAUGUAGAGACCAUCAAGGAACUGAUUGAGCAAGGAAAUGCAACAAGAAGUACUGGAACCACAGGUGCAAAUGAGGAGUCAUCACGGUCACAUGCAAUUCUUCAGCUUGCUAUCAAGAGAUCAGUUGAUGGAAAUGUAUCCAAGCCUCUGCGUGUUGUUGGGAAACUCUCCUUUAUAGAUCUUGCUGGAAGUGAGCGUGGAGCAGAUACCACAGAUAAUGACAAACAGACAAGAAUAGAAGGUGCUGAGAUUAAUAAGAGCUUGCUCGCCUUAAAGGAAUGCAUAAGAGCUCUAGAUAAUGACCAAGGACACAUCCCAUUCAGAGGCAGUAAAUUGACUGAAGUUCUAAGGGAUUCAUUUGUCGGUGAUUCCCGCACUGUUAUGAUAUCAUGCAUAUCACCAAGUUCCGGUUCAUGUGAACAUACUCUGAAUACAUUACGAUAUGCUGACAGGGUAAAAAGCUUAUCCAAAGGGAACAAUUCUAAGAAGGAUGUUUUAUCUUCAAAUAUCAACCUUAAAGAAUCAAUUACUAUUCCCUUGUCUUCUGUUAAUACAUAUGCCUAUGAGGAUCGUGCAGCUGAUAGAUGGCCUGAAGAAAACGACGUGGAUGAAUUUAGUCCUACUGAAGAUUACUAUGAACAGGUGAAACCAUCAUGUAAGAAAAAUGGAAAGAUAGAGCUAUAUGGUGCAACAGAUGACAAAUUUAAGAAACCCCCCAAUGGCCAGAUUAAAUUGAAGGACAUCCCGAAAGUUGAAUAUAAAAAAAUACAUUCAGAUGAUGAUUUGAAUGCCCUCCUACAGGAAGAAGAAGACCUUGUAAAUGCUCACCGGAAACAAGUAGAGGAGACCAUGAACAUUGUUCGAGAGGAAAUGAACCUCUUGGUUGAAGCAGACAAACCAGGUAAUCAGCUGGAUGAUUAUAUAACAAAACUAAAUGCCCUUCUGUCUCAGAAGGCAGCCGGCAUCAUGCAGUUACAAACCCGUCUAGCUCAUUUCCAGAAACGUUUAAAGGAGCAUAACGUUUUCGCUUCAUCUGCUGGUUACUAA